AAUGUCUUGUUAGAUUUUUCUCUUUAAAAAAAUAAACUUCAUGUUCUUAUCUCUGUUAGGUAACACAUUGACUAGUUCGCAAGACUUUCCAGGAGUAAAUAUUUUACGUUAUUAGCUUGGCUUUUAAACUCACGGAUCAGAACACUUGUAUUCUUUCUACAAUGCCUGGACUCAAUGAGUAUUACUACGAUGGUCAAGAACUGGUGGUCAGUGAUCAGAUGAAACAGGAUUUCAAACAAGAUGGGUUUAUAAUUGUCAGGAAUCUUCUUAGUCAACAAGAGUUGGCCAUCGUAGAGGAGGCUGUGAACGGCCCUGAGUCCCUGACAAGCUUUGCUUAUGGCCAUGAUGACGGCGAAGGACGCUUGGCUAAGAUGUGCCUGUGGAACAAUCCCGGAAAUGAUACAACUGGCGUCCUGUCUAGAACCAGGAAAUUGGCGAACACGUCCAAGGAGCUGCUCGGAGCUGAUGUGUACCACUACCACAGCAAGCUAAUGAUGAAGGAGGCAAAGACAGGCGGUAAAUUCGUCUGGCACCAGGACUAUGGCUACUGGUACAAUUUCGCCUGCCUGUACCCGGACAUGCUGACCGUCUUCAUCGCCAUGGAUAAAACUGACCAGGAAAAUGGCUGCCUGCAAAUCCUCAGAGGCUCUCACAGAUGUGGACGCCUUGACCAUGGAGUUGUGGCCGGUCAGAAUGGAGCAGAUCUGAAACGUGUAGCCGCUUUGGAAGCAGUCCUGGAUACAGUGUUUGUGGAGCUCAACGCCGGGGACGCUCUCUUCUUCCACAGCAACCUCCUUCACACCAGCAGUGCCAAUGUCAGCCAGCGCAGACGAUGGGCCAUUUUGUCUUGCUACAACACGACCCACAACAGUCCCCAUGAAAAGAUUAUACAUGCACACUAUGAAGAGCCCCUGCGGCUACUGGACAACGAUGCAGUCUUAAAGACUGGAGUCAAUCGUGAUCUAAAUGGUAAAGAUAUCGUGGUGAAAACAGACGGAAACUAUGUUCAUUAUUUUUCAUAAUUAGGCCUUCACAAACACACACACUAUUCAAUAAAGAUGACUGUGGAAAUGUAA